AAGUCAUUCCGGCCAAAUCAGUUCAAGUUUCUGGUGGUUGUUGGUGAAACUUAUAUAAUUUUGUGACUCAAUGAUUCGAAACGUGAGCAGGAAGGCAAGCACGGUUCCGGUUCUUCUCGGCGCUGCUGCUGUGGCCAGUGCCGAUUCGAAGAAACUGCCGGCCACCGAAAACAAAUUGGUUUGCAAACCAUCCGAUUUGCCAAUGUAUCGUCCGCUGACACAGAAAAUUGCUUGUGAGUGUCAGCACAAGAAGGAAGACAAAACGACCGGUCCAAUCGAGGAGAGUUUCCGGGCGGUGCGCAUCCAAAUGCAGGAAGCCUCUAAGGUAGUCACCGAUCAGAAAAAGCAACUAGUCAACCUUUACGAGGAUGGAAAGAAACAAACAAAAUUCAUCCACGAUUAUCUGAACCAGGAGGAUAACACGAUGCCCCGAGUCGGUGCGAUUGCCAUCGGUGGUCUGGCGGGUUUGAUUUUCGGGCUUCGCGGAGGCUUCUUCAAGCGGGUGAUUUACACCUCGAUCGGCGCCGGUGGUGUUGCCUCCGUGUGCUACCCGCAGGAGGCCGAAAUGUACGCCCAGCAUGGACUGGUCGAGGCGAAAAAGUAUGCAACGAUUGGCUACAACUUCGUGUACGGCGUCAAACCCGGCGACAAGCAGCUGGAACUGCCCAAGAUUCCGACGAACCUGGGUGAUCUGAAGGACAGUGUUUCCGGACUGGCAAAAUCGGCGUACGACGCAGUAUUCCCGGAGAAAAAGUAAACUAAUGGUAGCGUUUUGUGGUGAACGGCGUAACGUGACAAAAUUGUUAUCGUUUCCAUCGUUAAUGUGAAAUACAAUACCGGUACAUCGUAGACGAA